GUGAAGUGAGGCCAACUACGGGUGCCUGGAUGGCUCUGACAGUAAGGCACGUUGGAGAGGCACAGUGGAGACUGGGGCGCACGAGAGACAGAGCUGGAAUUGCAGAGGCAGAGACGCACGGGCGCACGGUCGAUUUUCGCCUCCCGCAUACUGGGGAGUCCCGUGCCUGUCACCAAAACCAGCGCACAGGGCUCGAGCGUGGUUGUGUCAACGCAUGAAUUGGGUAAAAGACUGAAAACCAACCUCUCUUCUUUCAUUUUUUUUCGUUUUCCCCCUCCUUUUGUGUUUUUGCUUUUACGUCUUUGUGGGUGCAGAUAUUGCUUUGAGCCAGAGGAGCGGUUUCUCCGUUGAGUCGCACGAGACGGUGGCGCGCGACGGCAGAAGGAGACAGCGUUUACAUUGAUGUGGGAGGACUGUCUCUCUCCGACGUGGGGCGCCCAGAUGAAGGGGAAAUGCUGCUCGCUGACGGCUGCAGCCGUCAAGGCAAAUGCUCCGUGACCCGCGCGAGGAGAGGAGCGAACCACCGACAGCAGCGCGAGCUCACAGCCCCGCCAGCCAGCGUUGACACCCCAACAGCUCCAGCUGCCAGCGCGAGCCCCGAGACUCUCUCUCUCUGCAACCAUGGGCAGAAGACAGGAGCAGAGGGGAGAGAGAGAAGUAUGUGAGCUCUCCACUGCAGUAUUGAUGACCCAAUGAUCCCCUGCAGAACAGAGCCAGUCAGGCAGACAGAGUGAGGCUCAACUCAGAAUCAAAAUCAGAAUCAGAGCCACAACUCUUCGGUACUUCAAUCUUCUUUACAGCUGAUACAGGAAGACAACUACAAGGACGAGAAUAUUAAUUUACAUACAGCAGCAAACGUCCCUUUUUCUCUCAAUACCAGGAAGUCUGUCCACCUGAAUGAGUGGAUUGUCAGAACACCUACAUUCUGGCCAAACUGGGCUCGUCGGGCUUCAGUGGGACUCAGCCAAAAGAAUAGCAUUUGUUGGGGGACUGGAGGGGCUGCAGGACCAGAGCUCUGGACCCAGGGAGCUUGGGCCCCAAGAGGGGCCCCAUGGAUCCUUUAUGAUGGACUGGCGCUGUUGACCUCUGAUCGUUUCCCCUCCUCCUCUCCUCUGCCCUGGCAAACGGCCUCCAACAUCAGAGAAGGCUGGGGCUCAGCACCUGCCGGAGGGGGCAGUCGGAGACUCAUACUAACCCUGAGAUACAUGCAUUUUCAGAAACAUUUAGAAACAUGCAAACGCACAUAGACCCAGAUGUGCAUGCACAGGCUGUUUCACAAGCACACAUGGAUAAUUGUGGACAAAUGGAUAUCAAUCAACAUGUGGUAUCCGUAGGGCCAGAACGGUCAAGAACUGUCACACCAGAGGCCAUAAACACAACCUCACCUCAACCUCUGUCUUUGGUACUUGGCACUCCUGUCUCAACCAAUCAGCUGGCAGACCCAGUCCUUAGUGCAGAGACCAGACUGUCUUCAACCUUUUGUCCAGUUCCUAUUGGUCAAAACCCAAACACAGCCUCUGCUCUCCCUGUGGAGGCUGAGAAAAAGUAUGCACUCCGCAGCUCUGGACGCCCUCGAUCCCCUGUCACCCUGCGCAAAUCCUCCCGCCUCCCGACGUAGUAUGGAGGACGGGGAAAGAAAACAGGAAGGGAAAGAGGAGGAGAGGAGGAGGAAGAGGUAUUAGAGGAGAAGAUCUGGAGGCCAAAGGAGGAGGAGGUAGCUGUUGGCGAGAAGCAAGAACAUUCAUCUGCAGAGGCUGUUCUCCCCACAGCUCCCUGUCCUAUAGACAUUCCUCUUGCUUUAACUGUUCCAAAACCUGUUCCUAAAGCUAUACCUAAACCUGGCCCCAGAAUUGGGCAUAGACCUGGACAAUCCAGAUCUAGGCCUGCGCCAAAAUGUGUCCAAAAAGCAGGUCCGAAAAGUGUCAUGAAAAGGGACAGGCAGCACAGUCCUUAGCUCGUCAAAUUACCCCUCAUCACGAAAUUUGUGAACGCAUCCACCAUUGCUUCACCCCUGCUAACUGGAAGGGAGGCACCUGUUGCAGAGUUGGGAAUAACUCUUGCCAAUAACCAGAGACGUAGGCGUUAUGUCGGCGUACGGAGGAUAGUGGUCAAGGUGGCUCGCAUUCCUGUCAGCCUUAGCCGCCGGCAAAGAGCUACAAAAUUUUCAAGUUUGGAGACAAUUACAGGAAUAGAAAAAGUCAAUUGUGGGAGUUCGGAAGGCUCAGAGGUAGUUCGAGAGCCUACCGCACUUCUACGCAUGAAAAACAAUGGAAAGAGUGUGAUGGUGAUGUUCCCUCCCGGAGAACUACCGGUUAUUCUGAAACGCAGACGAGGACGACCACCUAAACAACCUCAGCCGAUAAUCCAGGAGAGCUCCAAAUGCUGGGACAGUGUUGGUAAUCCAGACCAGCAGAAGCCCCAGAGGAGACGUCGGACUAAACUCCUGCCUUACCCUUCCUGUAAUGAUACUAAUGAUGUGAAAACAGAGUAUGCGGAUGUUCUUUCCAACCUGGCCUUUAACCGCCAGCCCCCUGCCACAGCGUGCUCUCCUCCUCGCUGCUGGACACCCAGUGAGCCAGAAAUUCAUACCCCCUUGGAAAACCCUGGAAUAUCUACCCUGCUCCAUCGGCUCACUGGGACUAGACGCUCUAGGGGGGGCAGGGGAGGUGGAAUUGGAAGGGGUGGAGGAGCAGCAGGGGCAAUGGGGAGUAGUGAGCGCAAUAAGAGCACUUUCAGUGACUUCUUUGAAUCCAUUGGCAAGAAACGGAAACUGAGCCCCUUGUCUGAGUUCGGUUUACCUAGGAAAGGGGAAAAGGGUGCAGGUGGGGUUGGCAGGGGAGGGGGUGUUGUAGGAACAGACUGGGGAGAGAAAAUAGUCAAAAAGAGACGAUCAAGAAAAAAUGGUGCACUCAAAGGAGAGGGAGGUUCAAUGGGCCACUGGCCCAAUGGGGCAGGUGGCUGGGUGGAGGAGGGGGGAAUGGGCAAAGAGAAAAGUUUUGGUGGGUAUCAGUUCUGUGGAUCUCCGAGAGGGGGCUUCUCUUCCUGUGAGGUCAGAAGGGGAGGUGUUUACAGCAGUCAAGGAAACAGAGGGGUUGGGGCAGCAGGAGACGACUCACAAGGCCUGUUUGCUGGAUAUUUCCGGUCACUCCUCGACUCAGAUGAUUCAUCUGAUCUAUUGGACAUUUCCUCCUCACAAUCAGACCCCCGUUAAAACUCAUCAACUCCUGGUUUUGAGCCAUCCAGUCCAGCUAGUGGGCACAGCUGGUCCCCUGCAUUCCCCAAGUGGAGCAGCAAGGGUGCAAGUUCUGGGGUUGAUGGUUCAGCCCAGACCCACUGCCCCUGCCGACCACCGUACAGUUAUGGCAGCCUAGCCCAAACAUCCCCAACCACUUCUACAUAUCCCAAAUCCACGCCUCCAUCUCUCUCACACUCCCCCAGCUCCCCCCACCCUGCCUCCUUUGGCCACUACUCUCCUGGCUACUCCUCCUCUUCUCCUGCAGUGCCACAGAGAUCCUCAGACUGCAGCUUUUCUUAUGGAUCUGGACAAGGCAGUAGCAAGGCGGGUACUGUUGGUCAAAUGGGUUUUUCUAAUUACCAGCCAGGGGCUAAGCGAGGCUACAGUGGAUACUCUGCAGCAGGUCAUUCUUCAAUGGUAAGAGGGGAGUCAACAGGCCUAUCACCAGGGGGAGGGUAUAUGUCUGUGGCUAAAGGCAGCCCUUUCAGCACCUCUUCCUCUCCUGAUGGUUUCAAGCAUUACAACUCCAAUCAGUGGAGCUACAGACAAGGUUAUGGCAGCUGUGCAGACAGCUUUGGGCAUCAGUAUCAUGGUUACAGUGACUAUGGCUCCAAUGAGUCCAAAGACAUCUUGGAUAUCUCAAAUUACACCCCCCAAAAAGCCAAGCGACAACCCUUUCAUGAAAGUCUCUCAGAAUCCUCCUCUGACUCUCACUAUUGCUCUGCAGCCACUGGUAGUGGACCUAGCGCCACAGGUGGCAUGUACAAACACAGUGAGGCUGUGUCUGUUAGUGGAGAGGGUCAAUCAAGUCUGUCCAGCCUGGAGAAGUUGAUGAUGGACUGGCAUGAGAGUGCUUCAGGGCCCUCAUAUAACUGGAGCCAAAAUGUCCUCUUCCAGGGUGGGGGACCAGUAAACGGAAGAGGUCGCAGGAAACGUAUUGAACAAGAAAAAGAAGGAGGCUCUGCUUACACUCCAUUCCCAUCGAGCCCAUCACCAACCCCUACUCCUGGACCAAAGCGGGGAGGACGGGGCAGAGGGUCUAGAGGAGGCAGAGGGGGUUUGUCUCCUUGUCAAAGAGAGCGGCUAACAGGGGCCAAAGGCAGGGGCAAGGCUGCAUCUACAUCGGUAAUGGAGGGGCAGUGACUGCUGGUGGUCCAGAGGGGGCCUGGGCUGUUCCAUGAGGGGCUGGACUACUACAGCGGAGACAGCAGCAGCCUCUCUCCCCUGGCCACUCCCAAUCCUGCACCACCUUCAACCUUUCUCCAGGACCCCUGUGAGUACCCUUCCCCUUAUUCUGCCCAUCCCUCCACACCAUCCUCUGAGGAGCGUUAUCCAGCCUUAUACCCUGGAGAGUCCUCCUCUUCCCUCUCACCCAGUGUCUCAUCUCCCUCUUACCCUCCAAAGCCAAACACCUCCUCCACCACAACUUACCAACCCCGUCCACUCCAGGACCUUUCCCCCUCUUGCUCCCCCUCCCCGCGGUUGACACCCCACUGUGGUACUGCCCUGAGUCCCCCACACCGCCCCCCUCCAAAAGAGCCACAGUUCUCGCAGUAUGACUCUCCCAGCUAUUGCAGUUCCCCCUACUGGUAUGGACAAACGUCUCACAGCAGCAGCCCAAGUCCACACUCACACAGCGCGCACUCAAACACAGCCAUACACACACACAGCAACCCGCACACAAGUCCUCAUGGAAAUACACAAGGCAAUCCACUUGCCAGCCCAAAUGCCAACACACAAACGCACAUUAACCAAACACAUGACCACCAACACAAUACACAGCAACACACAAACCUGGGUUCACACACCAACACCCAUCCCACCUCACACCUCCAGAGCAACCCGCUAUCCCAUUCAAACCCCAACGCCAACAACACACACACCAACUCCAGCCAUUCUUCCCAGACACACUCCAACCCCAGUCCAGGCAUACACUCUCACUCAACUCCAGUGCUCUACGAGGAGUGUAGCCCCCCCCUCGACCUUGUCCCCCCACAACGGGAUCUACCUCCCCCCAUGAGCACAGGCCUCCGCCAGGGCUCCUUGUCUCGCUCCCCAUACCCCAAACCUCCCCUGGACUCCUCACCCCAUCAGGAGGACACUAGCGGCUUCUCCUUGUCCCACCAGUCCUACCAGGCCAUGGGACAGCGCUACCCCUCCCAGGUGGCUCAGGGAGGUGGCGUGCUGUGCCAGCUCCUAGACCACCAUGAUGACAGCUUCAGCGUCACCAGCCUGUAA